AUGGGGGAAGGGACUGAGGUGCCACAGGUCGAGCCACGCCUCCUCUCCCCGACGCGCUGGCUCAAGACACCGGGGCAGGCGGCUCCCCCGCAGGGAGAGCCGAGACCUCCCGAAGGGAUGGUUAUGGUGCCGCUGCUGUUCCGCGCGCAGCCGAAAGAAGGCAUCAACUACGACGUGAUCUUCGGGGCCCACUGCGUGGGCUCGCUCGUGUGCCUAGGCUUGUGGGCCGCGGAGCGCAUCGGGAUGGACUUCGUGAGGGACAGCGGAGCCUGGAUAGUGCCGGCGCCGUUCCUGCCCUGCGCGCUGUACUACAGCCAAGUCUGGAGGGGAGGGCUGGGCAGGCGGUCUGCGACGUUGCCGGCCUCCGGGAGAGGAAGAAGGACGACUGACUGGGCGGGGCCCCGACCUGCCGCGCGCACGCGCACGCCAGAGGGUCUCCCGCCCCGAUGCGCGGGCGGCCGCGCGGCGGUGGGCGCGGCGGGCCCCCCGCGCCGGCGCGCGGCGCGCGCUCCGCGCGGCGGCGGAGGGGCGGGCCUCGGGCCCCUCCUGCGAGCGGGG